UCAAAAAACCAAAACAAGUGUCAGAAACAAAACAAAAUUGCAAUAUUUGUUUUGCAAUGAUCUAAUUUCUUUUGAAAAUUGUUGUGUUUGUCCAUUAUUGUCCAGUUUAUUUUCUCUCCGCUUCAAUCAUGAAUAGUUUGCGAAAGCUGGUAUUUACCGUCGCCAGCAGGGGUCGAAAGCGGAUUUUCAACCAGUCUUACCGUAUGCGAUCCACUAAAGAGGUUUAUCCAGGACUAGAGAGUGUGGGACAUUCGAUUCCAAAAGGAAUCUUUGGACAACCUACUUGCCAUACCCACCCGCACCUCAUCAGGCCUGAGCAGUUGACCUGUGGCAUCACACAAGCUGAGUACAGGGAGCGGAGAGAAAUGCUGGUCAAUAAACUUGUGGCUGAAGUUGGAAAUGAGCACAAAACACAUAUUAUUGUAAUUCCGGGAGCUUGUAAACAGUACAUGUCUGACAAAAUUCCCUAUGUGUUCCGGCAAAACUCGGACUUUUUCUACCUGACAGGCUGCCUAGAACCUUCUGCUGUGCUGGUCAUGGUAAAACCUUCGCAAACUGAAGAGUUUAAGAGCAUCCUAUUCGUGCACGACAAGGACAGCCAUGCGGAGCUGUGGGAGGGACCCCGCACAGGCUGCAGUGCGGCCGCUCAUCUGUUUGCAGUCGAUGAGUCCUGGCCUGUGGAGGGCCUCGGCAACUUCCUCUUCAAGACAAUCUCCUCGUCAAAACCAGCGCUAGUCUGGUACCACCACGAGACUCCCGCCAACCCGGAGAUCCACCCCACUAUCAGAGAUGUCAUGAAAGAAAAUGACCAGGUAUUCAUAGGAGACCCGCAGCGCGCUUUGCAUUUUCUGAGGGUGAUCAAAUCUCCCGCCGAAAUCGAGCUGAUGAAGGAGACUUGCUACGUCGGCUCACAAAGCGUCAAUAUGGCCAUGGCUUGCACAAAGCCAGACGUGUCCGAGCACAUGAUAAAAGCAAUCCUGGAGUACUCGUCGAAGCAGGCGGGGGCGGAGCACCUCGCGUUCCCGCCCGUGGUGGCCGGCGGGCCGCGCGCCACACACAUACACUACGUGGCCAACAACCAACUGCUCAGACAUGACGAGAUGAUACUUGUGGACACCGGCAGUCAACGUUGGCUGUACAACUCGGACAUAUCACGCACUUGGCCCGUCUCCGGAAAGUUCUCCAAACACCACAGGAUACUGUACGAGUUGGUGCUAGCCGUUCAGAAACGCCUGAUCGAGAUACUAGGCGAACAUCGGCCGGCCCUCGACCAACUGUUCGACAGUAUGUGUCGCUUGCUCGGCACUCAGCUGCAGCAGGAAGGCAUCCUACCCAAGAACAUCGAUGGCCACGAGCUGCUUGGAAAAGCGUACCGGCUGUGUCCGCACCACGUGUCGCACUACCUGGGGCUGGACGUGCACGACGCGCCGCUCGUGCGACGCAACAUCCCCGUCAGCGCGAACAUGAUCGUCACCGUCGAACCUGGUAUCUACAUCAGACCGGACGAUGAAAGCGUCCCCCCAGAAUUCAGAGGGGUCGGGAUCCGAAUAGAAGAUGACGUGUUGAUCACAGACAACGAACCAUUUGUUUUGACGGAUGCAGCUGUUAAGGAAGUCAAUGAUAUAGAAUCUAUAGUAGGGAAACACUCGCUUUGAACGUACCAGGCGUCGUAUUGAACAGAAUAAGUAUGUUUUCUAUAGGUUUCUCAUGAAAACAGAUGUGUUUCUCGCUACUUUUCUAGUUAUUGGAUCCCAUGAGUACGCGUUCCUAUGGGCUCCUAUAUGUUUCUCACGGUUUCUCUAGAUAUUAGACCCGUUUCUAGCUUUUAAUUGAGUGUCGAAUCGAAAUAACGAUUUAGAAUUGAUUAUCGUACAAGUAACAUAUUUUAUAUAAAUUACAAAUCAACACGAAUACAGUUUUAUGAACCUACGACACAGACAAUACAUGUAAUCUAUUAUAUUUCACAUUAUGAUAUAUGAUGUGUAUGUAUAAUUAACUUCUCGAUAGUUAAUGCACAUACCUGUUCUUUUGUCACCUGUUAAAUGCAAUAAGAUCUCAUUGACGACAAUAUACCUCUUUGAAGACUUGAAACUUUUGUGAAAAACUUAUCAAUUCUAAGUUGUGUGCGUGCAGUGCGUUGCUAAGACUAUCCCUACUUGAGUGUUGCUUCGUAAGCAUGGUCAAGUUUGAAGAGGUGGAGUUCUAUAUUCCCUCCUCUUCAUAUAAAACAGAGUGAAAUAAAAUUUUGGUAGUAUUUUUAAAUGUAAGCUGUUAAAUGCGCAAAUUAGUUUUUCCUACUAUACUGCAGUUUGUUUAGAAAAUCAAUACUUAUUUUCAACAACUUUUACUGCCAUCAUGUAAAUUCGAUGUUUUAUUUUGUGAUAUCUAAUUUAAUAUAUUUCUUUCAUAAGUUGUACAGACAAUUUACUUCUUGAAUUGUAAAUAGAAUAGUAAUGUAAUCCUGAAUAAAGAAGUUGAAAGUUG